GUCAGCCGAUGCGAGUAGGCUAUUAGGCCUAUACAUCUGGUUAUCGAUUUCCCCCUCUAUCAGUCGCCUAUUGAUAAGAGAACUAGGUUCAUAUAAAUGUUCAAUGGCUGACAUUGUUCUACGGCAGUGAAAUCUGCAUUCAGGCUUCACGAGCGCACUGCAUUCCCAUCGUUUCUUCUUCUUUUCCAUCAAGAGAGCCAAAGCCGUGAUGAUACUGACAUUGUGGAGGCACUUUCUGUUUGCGUUUCUCUUCGUGCUUUUUCUAUGCGGGCCGCAAUCUCUCUGAUUAGUUCGAUGGCAUUAGCCCCUGUCCGCUCGCAGCGAUAGGACCCGCAGAUUCCGCUGCUCACCUGUAUAUCGCUGCAUUAGGACCAACUUGCGGCAGGUGGGUCUCAGAUAUCCGCCGUCAAACAGUGGAGUGUUUGCCGAGGGCAUUGAUUUGUGCACGGUCAAUUCUGUUCAAUUAUUGUCGCUCCGCGGGGCAGAGAAUACAGACACGAAUAGAAACUAAGGUGACGACUUCUCAGUUUUGUGUAAUCAGUGAAACCAAUGGCUUAGGUGCAGCAGGGUCACGUGGUGGCGGUGACACACCUGCGCAGGGCCUAUAGCGGAGACAGAUGCACGAGCAGCACAGGUAGAGCAGAGCACAAGGUUCCACGCAGCAAAGGCAAUAGGGCGCAUGUACAUGUGCACACACACCCGUUGGAUAGCCUUGGCCCUCGGCAGUCAUGAAUCGAGAAGAGCACUACUAUUCCCCCGCGCAGCUGUUCAAAGACCCCUGCCCCUACCAGAGACCCCACAGCGAGGACUUCAGCCACAGCCCUCCGCCCUGCCUCUACAUGGGCCGGCAGGCUCAGUCCGUCUAUUCCUCGCCUUCCAUCGGAGGGCUAGACCAGGCAAGUCUCCCUGAUAUUGCUCCGUACAGUAUGCCAAUGCGAGAGGACCCAGGUGUGCCGCAGCUCCACCACCCCCAGGCGCCCCAGCAGACUAUCCAACCGGGGGGUUACGGAGACCCGGGGGAGCUGGCUCUGUGUGCCGAUAGGAACAGAUACCACCUGCCUUUCCCCUGGAUGAAAAGCACCAAGUCUCACGUGCAAACCUGGAAGGGACAGUGGGCAGGCCACUACAUGGAGGCAGAGGAGAACAAGCGGACAAGGACUGCCUACACGCGAGCCCAGCUCCUGGAGCUGGAGAAGGAGUUCCUGUUCAACAAGUACAUUAGCAGGCCGCGGCGUGUAGAGCUGGCCCUCACCCUCAGCCUCACAGAGAGACACAUCAAGAUCUGGUUCCAGAACCGACGGAUGAAGUGGAAGAAGGAGGAGGACAAGAAAAGAGUGAGGGGGGUCGACCCCGAGCAGGACUCGUCCAUUACGUCAGGGGACCUGAAGGAUGAGGCUGGGCUGGGGGUCGGAGGGGCUGGGUUGGGGGUCGGGGGGGCAGGGGUGGGGGUCACGUUGGCAGGGGCUCCCACACCGGCACCUCUCACCACUACCACCACACCCCCCUCACCCCUACACUCCCACUCCCACUCCCACUCCCUGUCAGGUUCGAGAGACUCGGCUUAG